GCCCGCGGCGCCGAAUCUGGGGGGCGCGCGGGUUGGUGCAGAGAGGGUGGUGUGGAGCAUCGAGGACGUGUUGGGUCGAGAGGAGGCGACGAACGAGCGAUUGGAUUUUGCGAGUGCUCGAGGAAACAUGUACCAUAGCUUGGGGGUGGAGGAGGAGUAGAGUAGACAGUCGUCCAGCCUCAACACCGAGCCAAGAAGGGUGGCGCUGACGAGGCAAAAGGCGGCCGUGGCACGACCGGCGCACGCCGCUAGCGAUUCUCAUCCCCCAAUCCGCAUCCAUAACUACCACGAAUCCGCACCCGUUGCCCACCCUGCUUCGACGCUUGCCCGCCCUUGCAUCUCGUUGCCGCACGUGCACGGGACCAGCCGCCUUCAUCACGACCAUGUCACCACCACCCACCCAUCGCUUCGACCCUGCGCGCUUCCUCACCCCGAAACCCUUGGCGGGGGGAGCGCCCGCCCUCGUCAUCCUCAACCAGCCCGUCCCGCGUCUCGACGUCUUUGAGCGCCUGUGGACGCAUGCCGCCUACCGGCUAUGCGCCGACGGCGGCGCGAACCGGCUGUUCGACAUGUGCGACGACCCCAGCAACACCAAGAGCAACGGCCAUCAUGAGGAAGAUGCUGCUGCCGCGGGAUGCCGCGAGCGCUUUCUCCCCUCCGUCAUCCACGGCGACCUGGAUUCCCUGCGCGACGACGUGCGCGACUGGUACGCGUCGCGCGGGGUGCCCAUCUCGCGGGACCUCGACCAGUACUCGACGGACUUUGGCAAGGCGAUUAAGAAAGUGACAGUGGAGCACUGCAACCGCACAGCGGGGGCGGGGCAGACGAAGAAUGGUUGUACCGAAUCACGAGACGGGGCCGCAGGGCAAGAGCACACGGCGAACGGGGUCGAGCAAGACGGCUCGGGUGACGCGGGCACCGACAUCCUCAUCCUCUGCACCCUCGCCGGCCGCGUCGACCAAGGCCUCGGCCUCCUCUACGAAAUGCUGCGCACGCACAACCAGCACAACGCGCUGCGCCUCUGGCUUUUCUCCGAGAGCAGCGUGUCGUUCAUCCUGCCCCCGGGCGAGAACCGCAUCGCGGUGCGCGCCGGCUUCUUCACUGAGAACGUGGGCAUUUUGCCGGCGUUUGGGCCCGCGACCAUCUCGACCAGCGGGCUCGAGUGGGACGUCUCUGAUUGGUAUACCUGUGUCACCGGGAAUGUGAGUACCAGCAACCAUGUCAAGGCUGAGGAGGUGGUCGUGCGCACCGAUGCGAGCGUGCUGUUUACGAUUGAGCGCGAGGAGCGGUUGCCGUAGGU